AUGGCGCAAAUCGAUGACCCACCUUUGUGCCACACGAGCACUUCACGUGGUCUCUUAAUCACGCAAGAAAUGGCUCACCUCCUUAUCAACGACUCUGAGACUGCAAUUGAAUUCUCCAAUCCUCGAACUAUGGCGCGAUGCAGAAAAAGAUUUCAGGAAAAAUUCCUUAAUCCUAUUGUGAUUUACACCCCAUUACUUGCCAAUGUUCCACAAAUUUACUUCCUCCUUUCAUUUACCCUCAUCACAAUGGCCAUGAUAAUUGUCGCAAUUCUUGUUUUGUUUCAUUUCAAUCCAGAAGUAAAGAAGUAUUUUAUGGAUAUGACAAAAAAGACAAGGACAUGUAGAGCUUACAACGAUAAUUUGGGAGUGUUUUCAGAGUGGAUCCCCGCAAUGCGAUCUUCAGAUCAUCUCAAUCCAGUUUCACAAGGCGUUUCCUCCGGAAAUAUGCAGCAUAUAAAAAGCAGUGUUGUCUCCGAGGCUAUGCAGCCCCAGGAAGUCCUCAACUACAUGCCGAGCAAAUCAAAAUACGACAACUUCACAAGACGCGGUACCGUUGUUCGAAUGCACCUGCCCUUUGCGCAUGAUUUGGCCUCCUUUAUUUCAAUGGUUGAUGGAAAAAUGUAA